CAGACACAGAGCCGUGAUGCAUUGUGGGUGUUGUAGUCGUUUUUGGCAGAGAGAGAGAGAGCGAGAGAGAGGGACGCCAACCGUCGAAUGAAGAGACUUUGACGCUAAUUAGCAACAGACAUUCCUGGACUUGAUGGCCCAAUGAAUCCCUCAGAGUCGACUCUCCUGGUUCUUCUUCACUCUGCUGACAGCUGCUUGCCAGAGUCCAGAUGAAUGGCGAAGAAGAGCUUUGAGUGUUGGAGUGGAGUGUGUUGGUCCCAGGCAGAAAAAUCCCUCAAACAGUGUCCCCCUCACACUGCUACAGCACUGCUCCCUCCAGGAUCCGAUGAUUACAGGGCAGCUGAGCAAGUCGCUGCUCUCCCUGCGCAGCGACAUGAGCGCGGCAGAACUCCGGGCGGACGACAAAGCGGCCACCCCAGACAGCGAUCUGAACGACGAGCCCCUGCUCCUGCCCUCCGACGCCACGGACAGAGAGGGCACUCCCAACAAGCUGUAUGGAGCUCGCGACGGUUCGGUCCAGUCUGACACCAGCAGCAGUCCAUCUGAGCAGAGUCACCUGGGCCAGUCCCACCCAGGAUUCUCAAUGGGACCACAGUCUCUCCUGGUGGCCCAGCAGCUGGCCAACGCAGUAGGCGGCGUGAUGUCUGGGGCGGCGCCAGGCAUGAACCAGCCCAUCCUCAUCCCCUUCAACGCAGGCGGACACCUUGGCGGGCAGCAGGGCCUCGUUCUCUCCCUGCCCACCGCCAACCUCCAGAGCCUGGUGGCUGCUGCUGCUGCAGGGGGCAUCAUGACACUCCCUCUCCAGAACCUGCAAGCUACCUCAUCACUGAACUCCCAGCUCCAACACCUGCAGCAGCUCCAACAGUUGCAGCAGCACCACCACCAGCAGCAGCAGCAGCAACAACAGCAGCAGCAUCAGCAGCAACAGCAGCACCAUCACCAACAGACCCUCGCCCACGUGCAGAACCAGCUUUCAUCCCAGCAUCGCAUGACCCCGCCCAGCCAGCAGCAGACCUCCGUCCCGUCUCCAGGCUCCACCUGCUCCUCCACCUCUGGACAUCCGCAGCACUCCCCGCCACACCGGCCCAACCAGUCACCGGCCCGCAGCCUUCCUUCGCCCGUCACCCCACCCAUGCCUUUGCCGCUGAAUCCAUUGGCCAGCCAGGCGGCGGUAGCAGCAGCGGCAGCCAUGGGAUCCAUCGCCGGGUCUCAGGUGUUCGGCAACGCCCUGUCAAACCUGCAAGGAGCCACCGGACAGCUGGUCACCAAUGCACAAGGACAGAUAAUUGGAACAAUCCCACUGAUGCCCAACUCUGCAGGGCCCUCCAGCCAAUCAGGGGGUGGCAACCCAGCACUGCAGGUACAGCCAAUUACACCUCAGCUUCUGACCAACGCUCAAGGCCAGAUCAUCGCCACGGUGAUCGGCAAUCAGAUCCUGCCUGUCAUCAACACCCAGGGAAUCACGCUGUCACCAAUCAAGCCUGGACAGCAGCUGCCUCAGGCUCAGCAGGGUCAGACAGGCCCCGCAUCGUCUCAGCCCAACCUGCUCCACAUGCCCCACAGACAGAGUCCUCUCCACCAGGCCUCUUCCUCCUCCUCCACCUCCUCCUCUUCCUCGGCUCUCAGCGUGGGGCAGCUGGUCAGCAACCCGCAGACCGCCCCCAGCGAGGUGGACGGGGUCAACCUGGAGGAGAUUCGUGAAUUCGCCAAAGCAUUCAAGAUCCGCCGGCUGUCCCUGGGCCUGACACAGACUCAGGUGGGCCAGGCGCUCAGCGCCGCCGAGGGGCCGGCGUACAGCCAGUCUGCCAUCUGCAGACACACCAUCCUGAGAAGCCACUUUUUCCUACCACAGGAAGCCCAAGAGAACACUAUAGGUAGCAGUCUGACAGGCAAACUGAACCCUGGCCUUUUAUAUCCUGCCAGGUUUGAGAAGUUGGACAUCACCCCUAAAAGCGCCCAGAAGAUUAAGCCCGUUCUGGAGCGCUGGAUGGCCGAGGCUGAAGCCCGCCACCGAUCCGGCAUGCAGAACCUGACUGAGUUUAUCGGCAGCGAGCCUUCCAAAAAACGCAAGCGGAGGACCUCUUUCACCCCGCAGGCGCUCGAGAUCCUCAACAGCCACUUUGAGAAGAACACGCACCCCUCCGGACAGGAAAUGACGGAAAUAGCCGAGAAGCUGAACUAUGACAGGGAGGUGGUGCGCGUCUGGUUCUGCAACAAGAGGCAAGCCUUGAAAAACACAAUAAAGCGUUUGAAGCCCGACCUCGGCCCGGCUGCACCGAUGGACCCUCUCACUGAUUCUCUAGAGGAGCUCCCGAAAUGAGCGAGCUCCACCGGCAAAAACGGCGGAGUGGAAAAGUGGCAGCCAUUAAAUAGAACAAAGGUGGAUGAACUCAUCUUUGAAAUGAGAACUGAAAAAAUGUUCCACGAGUCACCCGGAUGGACAGUUUGCAAACAAAAACUAUGUGUUGUCAGUGUGAUUACCACAGCUAUGUAAAUGACCUUGGCGAAACCAAAAACAUGAAAAAAGAGAUUAAUAUCUGAGAAUUAUGUAAAAACAUAUGGUGUGCUGUUUCAAAGAGUUUUAGAUUCUGGCCUCACAGACCAGACUAUCGCCCAAAUUUUGGUUCCCACGAGGAGGGAUUUAGUAAAGAGAUCAUACCAAAUCAAAACACUAUUUACCAAAGUCUGUUGCAUCUGAGUACUAAGAAUAAUUUUGUAAUGUAAAUGUGCUCUAAAUUUUUACAUUUGUACUGGCAAAUCUAAGCUAUAUGUGUGAGGUUGAGUAUACAUUUUAUCUUUGUCUCGCUUACUUUUUUCUUCAUUGUUUGUAUGUAAAUAUCUGAAAAAAAGAAAAAAACAACAGAAAAAUGCUGUCUUCGAAUUGAAUCACGCUGAUGAAGUUUCUCUUUUGGACAAAAAAAAAAGAACCUUUGCUGUUAAACAAUUGCAUAAUAAUGUUGUUUGCCUCUGAUUUGUGUUUCAUCUGCAGAUAUUUUCAGUCACAGUGUAACUUUGUACAACUUUUACAGGUAUUUACUAUUAAUAAUCUCAUGAGAUUGUUUCAGAGGACGACAGAAGAUAGUAAACUAAGGACUUUCACAUGAUGAUGAUGAUGAUGAUGAUGAUGAGGGUUUCAGUGUCUGUCAAGUCUACUGCAGCUUUGUUUUGAGCUACUGUGUCAUUCUGUUGCCAAAGCCUGAUAGCCAAAGAACACAUACAUUUCAGCUCAAGGACUGGUGAAGAUUUUUAUUUUAUUGUUCACACGGCUUUCUCCUCCCCCCCUUUUUCUAAAGUGUUUUACUCUGUGGGUCAACUUUAACAAAAAAAAAAAACACUACCAUGUCAAACAGCUGCAACAGUGUCUGCUGUAAUAACUGAUCACGGCAAUAUAGAAAAAUGUGUUGGAUGAAUUUUAUUUCAAGCAAAUUUGCUUCUGCAUGCUUCAACUCAAACCACAUGUAGAAGGAUACUUUUUGUUAUUAUUAAAGCUUCAUCUAAGAUCAAUUUCAACCCCAAAAUUAACAUCAUUACCUGCUAACAUCACUGAAAAUAACACAUUAUUUUACACGAUAAACCCUUUAAUUAAGCCCUAAAAUUAAAUAAACGUGUUUUUGAAGCCUGUUUUGUUGCCACUGACCAAACUACCGAGCUCAUUCCAGUUCAGAUGUUUUUAUAACCUGAAUAUUUCAACUCGAAUAUGCUUUUCUGCGAUGUUGUUUCCUUUAUAUUCUGUACUCAGUUAAGUGAAGGUUUACAAUCAACCAUUUUAAUGGAAAUGUGUGUUUUUCUGCACCUAUGAAUUGAUUUCUACUACAGUAAAAAUGCUUAAAAAGGUUAAUUUCAACAGAUUCUCUUCAAGAUUUCAUGUUAUUUUCUUUAAUUUCAGUCAAUUGACUGUACUAAACUGUUCAUUUUAACGUGGUAUUACCUUGUGAGGAACUGUCAAUAUUCCAGGCAAGAACGUCCCCGCAAAUCUCACAAAAACCCUCACAGGAAAAGAUAUAUAUAAAAAGAAGUGAAUGUUGAGAAUAAGUGUCACAUGUCAGAACGAGUGAACUUAAUUUGAAGUGAGGUGAAAUUUGAUGCAAUUUAUUCAGAAUCAUGUGUCUGCUCGAUAUCUGUCCUUCCAUGUCACAUUGGUUAUCUCAGUCUUUCAGUCCUCCUGUCUGUGCACUGCUGUGUUCUUCUUCACUGCCUGGAAAACACGCACACUCUGUAAACGUUAGAAAAACACAUGAAAAAGCUUUACUUGUGUGUGUUUUUAAAGAAAUAAGCAACUCAUUUUCUUUGGUGCGCAGAGACUUUAGAUAUAAUUUUGAUUAUAUAUUCAUUUUCUGCAUGUCUACAGCAACACUUUUAGUGUAUUUCCACCUUUAUUUUGCUUCCAUUCAAGCGAAUCUUUGGCCAAGAAACUACACGUCUGCAUCCCACCCACCAGAUACGAGAAAGCAGCAGGCUCCUGCAGGUAGAAUAUGGAUCUAUUCUGAGGCUUAUCAAUAAAGCUGUAACCAAAACCAAAAAAUAAAUGAAUAAAAAAAAAAAGAAGUCACAGGAAGGAGUAAUGCCUUUGCUCAACUUUUCAAUGCUGGACCAAAGCUCUAUAGUUAUGCACAUUGUACAGAGAAAUAGAUUCAUGAUGUUGACAAUCUUUAAAAAACUGAGAUAAAAGAAUUGAAGAGUAGAAAUGUACAGUAGUUCAUCCAAGGUUUACCUCAGUACUGUUCUCGUGAGAAUCAUACAAACGCCAUACAAGCAGCAGCAGGUCAGUAUAGAAAAAGACAGACGGUUACUCUGCACUGUGUGUGUUGAUGUUCACCUUCAAUGUGGAGGGAGAGGCUUGUGUUUUAUUUAUUAUUAUGUGACACAUGAUUGUUUUAUUUUUGUGAAGUGGUUUCCUGAGCCACACACGUGUGACUCUGGUCAUCAGUUUUUUAUUAUUGUUGCAUUAUUUCUCAUUGUGACGUUCACCUCUCAGUUUUUCACAGACCUGUAGACCCGCGUAGAAAAAGGAGAUUACAGUAAUGUUGCUCUUAACCCAAUUAGGAGGAUUUGUUAAUCACCUUUAAAUGCUUUUUGUGGAAAUUUUACUAACAAAAACGAACCGGUUUGACGUUUUUUGUUUAAUAGUCGAAGAACUCGAAACCAAAGCUGAAGAGCCUGCAGAGGUUGGUUUUCAUUUUUUUAUAGACUGAAAACUGUACUUAAUCUAUAGAGCAAUAUCUGUUUGGUCAGUUAAGCAGCACUUUGUGUAUUUCCAAAAAAAAAAAAAAAAAGCUUCAAGUCUGUCACAUUGAUUUGUACCAUAAUUAGUAAUAAACAA